ACACCAUACGAUGGCUCGUCUUGCCUUCACUGCUGCGCUCCUCUUGCUGCUCGUCGCGCUUAGCACGGGACAAGAAGCCCCGGUUUACAACUAUGACCACGGCGGCUCCGACUGGCCGGGCGUGUGCACGUCAGGAGGAAACCAGAGUCCCAUCGACAUCGUGACGGAUUCCGUCAAGCUUGGCGGAAACCGUUACAUGAAGCUGGCGCACGUGCGGAGCAGCACCAUGCUUAUCAAGAACACCAACCUCUCCGUUCCCUACUCCAUGAUGAUCUACCCGACCAACAACGACUCCCUGCUGCACCUGUCCGACGGCACGUACUACCUGCACCACAUGUCACUGCACACGCCCGCCAACCACCCCGUGAACGGCAUGUACGCGCCGCUGGAGGUGAAGCACGCGUACUUCCACCCGGACAACGCCACGCGCAAAGCCGUCGUCAUCACCAUGUUCCGUCUUGAUAAGAACGGCAACGACAACCCCUGGCUCAACACGAUUCUGAACAACAUUCCGUCGAAGCCGGGGAACGUGACCGUUGACUGCGACACGGACUUCCAGGAGGUUCUGGACCUGUCCAAGGGCUACUGGUACUAUCCCGGCUCGCAGAUCCACCCGCCCUGCGACGAGUCCGUCCAGUGGCACAUCUCGCGCUCCUCCUCUUCUGUCUCCGCUGCCCAGCUGCUGAGGUACCAGAACUUUCUGGCAGAUAUGAACCAUGGCGACCGCACCAACAACCGUGCGGUGCAGCCUGCAGAUGGGCACGUGGUGAUGGAGUAUCGGUACGAUGACAGCCAGGGGGGGGGACAGAGCCAGAACCAGGCAGCUGUUGCCUACAGUGUCUCCAGCAAUGGUGAUGAUAGCUCCAGUAGCAACAACAGCGAUAGCAGCAAUGACAGCCAUGAUGACGACCAUGAUGACGACCAUGAUGACAGCCAUGAUGACGACCAUGAUGACAACCAUGAUGACGACCAUGAUGACAGCCAUGAUGACAACCAUGAUGACAAUGACAACCAUGAUGACCACGAGGGGCAUGAUGAUUGAGUGCAUUCCAGCUGCAGUGGGCUGCUGCUAGUGCCGUGGCCAUGGCGAAUCACAGCAACUGCCUGUUGCAUUUUCACGACUGCCAUGUAGUCCCUGCAUAGGAGGAGUCUCUGUAGGGUUGUACCACUGUUAGUGUGUGCUUUUGUGAGGGGCAUUGUGGGUUCGAGUGUGGCCAUAACGGGUGAGCCGGUUUGUAUUGAUUUGCUUGCGUAUUGGUUGUUAUUGC